UUCUCCUCCAGGCUGGGCGGCCUCAUCCGCGGGGUCACGGCGCUCUCCUCCAAGCACGAAGAAGAGAAGUUAAUCCAGCAGGAACUGAGCAGUCUGAAAGUGACUGUUGCUGCUCCUAUGACAACACUGACGAUCAGGAAUCAAAUUUAAAGAGCUCUUCUUUUUGUCCUCUGCAACUCUAAUUAGAUUAAUUGUCUGCACCCUGAUAUAAGCACUGGAGAAAUCCUAAUUGUCUGCACCCUGAUAUAAGCACUGGAGGAAUCCUAAUUGUCUGCACCCUGAUAUAAGCACUGGAGAAAUCCUAAUUGUCUGCACCCUGAUAUAAGCACUGGAGAAAUCCUAAUUGUCUGCACCCUGAUAUAAGCACUGGAGAAAUCGUGUUUCCCAUGAGGUGAAAGGGAAACCUGUGAAGCCCUCUCAUGCCUUCUGCUAACGACCCUUUAGGAAGAGGGAAAAAUAAUUCUUCAUGUAAGAAAAUGAUGAAGGAAUGUAUGGUGAGACUUAUAUAUUGUGAAAUGCUUGGGUAUGAUGCUUCUUUUGGCUACAUACAUGCAAUCAAGUUGGCUCAACAAGGAAACCUCUUAGAAAAAAGAGUAGGUUAUUUGGCUGUUUCUUUAUUUCUACAUGAAAAUCAUGAACUUCUGCUCCUCCUUGUGAAUACAGUGGUAAAGGACUUACAGAGCACUAACCUGGUAGAAGUGUGUAUGGCACUCACUGUUGUCAGCCAGAUUUUCCCUCGAGAAAUGAUUCCAGCUGUCCUUCCACUGAUAGAAGACAAACUUCAGCACUCUAAGGAGAUUAUACGAAGAAAAGCCGUUCUGGCUUUGUAUAAAUUUUAUCUCAUUGCUCCUAAUCAAGUACAACACAUCCAUACUAAAUUUCGGAAAGCACUUUGUGACAGAGAUGUUGGAGUGAUGGCUGCUUCUUUGCACAUAUACCUUAGGAUGAUUAAGGAAAAUCCAUCUGGAUACAAAGACCUGACUGGGAGCUUUGUAACAAUUCUAAAGCAAGUAGUGGGAGGAAAGCUCCCGGUCGAUUUCAAUUAUCACAGUGUGCCAGCACCGUGGCUGCAGAUUCAGCUCCUGAGAAUUCUGGGACUUCUAGGAAAAGAUGACCGAAGGACAAGUGAAUUAAUGUAUGAUGUUCUUGAUGAAUCCUUACGAAGAGCCGAGUUAAAUCACAAUGUCACUUAUGCUAUUCUGUUCGAAUGUGUGCACACAAUCUAUUCUAUUUAUCCUAAAUCAGAAUUACUUGAGAAAGCUGUAAAGUGCAUUGGAAAAUUUGUUUUGUCGCCUAAAAUAAACCUUAAAUAUUUAGGACUGAAGGCUCUUACCUAUGUUAUCCAACAGGACCCUUCUCUGGCUCUUCAACACCAGAUAACGAUAAUUGAAUGUUUAGACCAUCCUGAUCCCAUUAUUAAAAGAGAGACUCUGGAACUUCUUUACAGAAUUACGAAUGCACAGAAUGUAACAGUUAUUGUCCGGAAAAUGCUUGAAUAUUUAAAUCAGAGCAAAGAAGAGUAUAUCAUCAUCAAUUUGGUUGGCAAAAUAGCUGAGUUGGCUGAGAAAUAUGCUCCUGACAAUGUGUGGUUUAUUCAGACAAUGAAUGCUGUGUUCUCAGUGGGAGGGGAUGUAAUGCACCCUGAUAUUCUCAAUAACUUUCUGAGACUGCUAGCAGAGGGUUUUGAUGAUGAAGCAGAAGAUGAACAAUUAAGACUUUAUGCAGUUCAGUCUUACCUUACUUUACUGGAUACAGAAAAUGCUUUCUAUCCACAGAGAUUUCUUCAGAUUAUGAGCUGGGUAUUAGGAGAAUAUUCCUACCUCUUAGAUAAAGAAACGCCAGAGGAAGUUAUAACUAGGCUCUACAAGUUGCUUAUGAAUGACUCCAGUUCUUCAGAAACGAAAGCCUGGUUAAUUGCUGCAGUGACUAAGUUGGCACCCCAAGCACAUUCUUCUAAUAUAGUUGAGAAAUUAAUUCAAGAAUUUACCGUAUCCUUGGAUACUUGUCUGAGACAGCAUGCGUUUGAAUUAAAACAUUUGAAUGAGAAUGUAGAUCUCAUGAAGAGCUUGCUUCAAGUUGAUAAGAGUUGUGAAGAUGUGGUGGCAGAUGCCUCUUUAUCUUUUCUGGAUGGUUUUGUGGCUGAGGGACUCAGUCAGGGGGCAGCACCUUAUAAGCCUCAUCACCAGCGUCAAGAGGAAAAGCUUUCCCAGGAAAAAGUUCUCAAUUUUGAACCAUAUGGCCUAUCAUUUUCUUCAUCUGGCUUCACUGGAAGACAGUCUCCUGCUGGCAUUUCUCUUGGUUCUGAUAUAUCUGGGAAUAGUGUUGAAACAGCGCUGAAAGAGACAAAUAGCUUGAAGCUGGAGGGUGUAAAGAAACUGUGGGGGAAAGAGGGCUAUCUUCCCAAGAAGGAGAGCACAACUAGUGAGAAAACGCAAGUUCCGCCUGUUGCUCCAGAGAGUACAGCGAUGGAGAAUGCAGACCAGGCUACAAUAAGAAAAGAGCCAUUUCAAAGCCUUCACCCGUCUAAAGAGGAGAAAGAAAAGCAGCUGUUGGCAUCAUCAUUGUUUGUUGGCCUAGGACCAGAAAAUACAAUCAACUUGCUGGGAAAAGCAGACACAGUGUCUCAUAAGUUCAGGAGGAAAUCGAAAGUCAAGGAAACCAAAAGUGGCGAGACAAACAGCCCUCACGGUACAGGCUGCUCCUCCUGUAACUCUGUGUCGAACGUGGCCCGUGAUGGGGGUGAUUAUCUGAACACUUUUCAGGAUAGAGGAGACAAAGAACUGAGCUUAGAACUUUUGGAUUCCGGAUCUCUCCAAGGGCCGCCUCCAGUGGACAAACUCUCCAGUUGCAGCUUGCCUGCGCCGUCUUUGUUUGCUGAUGACGACAUGGAAAUUUUUCAUCCUUCUCCAUCCUCUGCAGUGUCAGUUGUCGAGGAACUGUCUCUAUCUUCUUCUUUGUUGGAAGAAACUACUGAGUACAUGCAUUUGAGUCUUGGGGAAGUCUGUAGUGAUGAGGCCAUAUCAGUGUCGUCUUAUAAAAUUUGGAAAGAUGAUUCUCUAUUGGUUUUCUGGUCAGUUACUAGUAAGACUGAUUCAGAGUUGAAAAGUGCUAACCUAGAAAUUUUUCCUGUGGAAAAUUUCAAGACUAUUGAGCAACCUGGAUGCUGUUUGCCUGUGGUGGAAACAGAAAGCACCAAGUACUUUCAAUAUAGUGUACAGAUGGAAAAACCUUCUCUAGAAGGAAAUCUUUCUGGUCAUAUAAGUUAUCAAAUGAUGGAUACACAUUCCACUCAGCUGGAAUUUUCCAUGAACUUAUCAUUAUUGGAUUUUAUACGACCACUAAAAAUCUCAACUGAAGACUUUGGCAAGCUCUGGUUGUCCUUUGCAAAUGAUGUGAAGCAAAAUAUAAAAAUAGCAGAACCUCAAGAUGCUUUGCCUUCCAUCCUAGAAGUGCUGCAGCAGAAGCUGAGACUUCACGUGAUUGACAUGAUAGGCAAUGAGGGGCUAUUGGCCUGUCAGCUGCUUCCAUCCAUCCCCUGCUUACUGCACUGCCGAGUUCACGCUGAUGUAUUAGCCUUGUGGUUCAGAUCCUCCUGCUCUGCUCUUCCAGACUGUUUAUCUUAUCAGUGUCAGAAGGUGAUGGAGAGAUGCUAGCAAAACUGCUGAAUUUUGCUUUUCCAAAUAAAUGGUUUACAUGUAUAAACUUAUUUACCAAAGUAAAUAGAACUCAUGGUACUUCUCAUGGAAAUGGGGAUUAUUGUAAGUUUUGGUUUAUGUGUUUUCUUCUUGAUUCCUGAUAAGAAAGAUCCCCAAGAAACUGUGUCACUAACUUUACUCAGGAUUGUACAGUACAUCUGGGUCCCCCUCCCAAAUGACCUAAGUUAAUGUCAUAAACUGCUAAUGAUUUACGUAUCAAUGUGGAGGAACUGAAAAUAUUUAUUUUGUUUUAAAUGAUUUUAUAGCAAAUUUAUUCUAGCAUUAACUAAUUUGUAAUAAAGCCAAGACUCAGUUCUCUGCAUUAAUGAAGGUGAAACAUAAAAUUGAUAAUCCUAAACCUAAAUCAAGCUUGGCUUUAAAUUGCAGCGUUUGUUGUAGGUAAAUCAAUACUGUGUUAUGUUUUGCUUAGGUUAAUGUUGAACUAAGAUGGCCUAAUACUAAUAGUUGUAGAUCUGUUAGCAUUCUGGGUACUAGGGGAGAAUCAAUCUGUGGGAUUUUUGUUUCAUUUCAUUUUGUUUUUGCUUGUUACAUAUAAUUUUAGGUAAUUUGACCAUAAAAUAUGUUUUUUUGUAAUAAAAAUUUGUAACUAUAAUAUAAAUGGCCAAUUGACUUUUUCCUGGCCUUUAAAUUCACUAGUACUGAGUGGAUUUGGCUGAGGCAGUGAUCAUAAACACACCUACAGAUGCUUCAGUCAGAUACAUCAUUUUCAUGUUAUAGUUGUGUUUAUAGGGCCUCUUUUGGGAUUCUUUUUAGUAAAAGAAGAGAUUAUGCCAAAUGCGUAUAAUGGGCCCAAAUCUUGAGGUUACAUAUUAAUUGGAAUAAUAUUUUAUGAAACCUUAUGGUGCUGUGGAAAAUAUUUAUUUUGCCUUUUCUGACACUUCACCAUUGAGACUGUUCAGGUCAUAUAAUUUUAAGGCAUUGCGUUAGUAUUCUAGUUCAUUAAGACUGAUUGUCACCCAAGUCCAGCACUCUGUCUGGUUUCAGGUUAUCUCAUAAAUCACAGAUGAUCCAGAUGCUCAGUGGGCUCCACAGAGCUAAUAGUCACUUGUGUUUGCGACAAAAACAAAAGUAUUUUUUCUUUACUAAUUUGUUAUUCAUUUAAAAAUGUUACAUUUUUGUUAAAUUCUCCCUUUAAAAAACACACACAGAGGCCGGGCAUGGUGGCGCACGC